AAAACGAAUCGAUUUUGAGUUUGCUUGUCAGCUGAUGAUUCACAAACUGACAAACGUAACGACAUGAACGAAAACCCUUGUCUUUGUACUUGUGAAGACUGCUUGCAAACGUCAACGUUGAUGUGGCUGUUGCGUGCAUUGAUUGAUCCUGGUUCAGUGUCUCUGAGUAUGACCUCAAACAGUGACUAGUGACUAGUACUUGGUUCAAUGUAUAUGGUGUGCUGAGUACAUAUUGCCGGCUAUUACUGGACUAUGAACAUGGCCCGUGUUCUGGGCUUGUGCACACUGCUUCUAAUCCUGACAGUUAGUCUGAUGGCAUGGUUGUUGAGUUAUGCCCUGGAUCAUUACACCCUUCCUCCAGCUCAUGAUGGACCCCCACACCCACUGGGAGAUGUGGCACCAUACCCUGGGGACAAAAUGGACAAUCUCUGGUGGUUCAUACAUAUAUCAGACAUCCAUAUAUCACGCUUCAGGGAUCCUCAAAGAACAACUGAUUUCAACAAAUUCUGCAUUGAAAAUAUAGAUGUUGUGAAGCCAGAACUUGUUCUAGCUACAGGUGAUCUUACUGAUGCUAAAACACUAGAUAACCUGGGUUCCAGACAAUAUGAAGUGGAGUGGCAAGCAUACAAAAAUGCCCUGGAUCAUGCCCAUGUGACUGAGAAAACAAUCUGGAUAGAUGUCAGAGGAAACCAUGAUGCCUUUGGUGUUCCAAGCGCAGAUCACAAGUUAAAUUAUUACAGGAAAUAUUCUGUAUUGGGUGAGAGUGGUGACCAUACAUUCCGUUAUCAACACAAGCUCCCCUUUGGCACCUACUCCUUUGUGUCAGUGUAUGCUGUACUUAAUCCAGGCCCCAGACGACCAUUCAAUUUCUUUGGAAUACUCUAUGAGUCAGAGUUGCAGAAACUCGAGGAAUUCAGCAAGGAGACAAGACACAGCAACCACACAGUGUUCUUUGGACACUAUCCCACAUCUACCAUCAUAGCACCUCAUACCAGGCUCUCUAAUGCUCUCAAGAAUGGCAUAUCAUAUCUGUGUGGUCACCUGCACAGUUUUGGGGGUUUGGUUCCCAACAUGAAUGCUGUGCACAAAAACGGUCUACUGGAGUUAGAACUUGAAGAUUGGAAGCAAAACCGAAUGUAUCGUGUCAUGGCAUUUGACCAUGACCUGCUGUCAUUUGUUGAUGUCAAGUUUGGAACAUGGCCAGUCAUUCUGAUCACUAAUCCCAAACGGGCCAGAUUCAUGUCACCAAGCCAUGAACCGCUGCAGAAAAUGCGACACUCAACACAUAUAAGGUUUUUAGUGUAUUCUCCCAGUGCCAUCUUGUCAGCCACUGUUGAGGUGGAUGGUAAACCCUUGGGAUCUGCCAAGCAUGUGAAGGGACCGCUGUAUGUCAUCCCGUGGGAUCCCUCCAAGUAUAGCAGUGGAUUGCAUGUCAUUGAAGUCACUGCAAAAGAUGCUGCAGGGCACACUCACAUGGAGGGGUACCGCUUCUCUCUGGAUGGCAGUCGGCCAGCACAGUGGUUGAUGUCGGCUAUGUUUCUCAUGACUGAUAUACCAUUUGUUUUCUGGGUGAUAACAGUAGGUUCAGUGUCAGUGUUUGUUCUAGCACUGCUCUCAUUGCGAUGGAUUGCAAAGAAAAACAACGUGCGUUAUCGGACCAGCAUCAUUCGUAGUCUGUGUGGUCUUGUAUGCAGUGAGACCUAUUUCUACUGGCUUCUUAUAAUAGGUGUUUAUCCUUUGGUCGGUCCUUGGUUUGUAUGCAUGGUAACAUGUGAGCAUUUUGGCAUGUACACGCUGUAUGGAUUUAUGCUGCGAGGAGAAAUCAUUGGAGAGACAUUCUCCUAUGUUAUCUGUGCCCUGAAUAUGGCGUUGUUCCAGGGCCCUAUCACAUUGUAUUUUGCACUGCAGUUGGACCGCAUUCAGCAGCACUUACCCCAUCAGAGCAGUAGUGUCUACUCUAAGUCUGCCAAUGGCAAGAGUAAAGCAAAGAAUGGCAAUGCAUCCAAACCACUACAGCACCAUAUACAACCUCUUGGGUUUGUGUGGUCACUGAUAGCCUAUCCCUGCCUGCUGUCUGCCAUGCUAUGGAUGAUCUGGGAAUGCAUCAAUCUAUAUUACUGUUACGGUGCUGUGGCACUUCUAUUUAGCCCCAAGUCAGCCUGGACUUUAGCAGUUGUCAUAUGGCUGCUGUACAGACUGCACUGGAUUGAGCUUCGCCAGGCUAGCAAAGCAAAUGGGUAUAAGAGUUGAUUAGGUCUGCAGGAAUCCUGGAACCCUUGCAGCUUGAGACACUGUUUGCAGCUUUAUUGAUAUGCUUGUUGAGCAAGUUUUUAAAAAUGGAUGAUUUUGAUAAUGCUUUAGAUAGUUUGCAAUAAGCAAGCAGCAUUACUGGGAGAGAACCUUUAAUUUUGCUCUAGUUUUUCCAUGUGAUGGAUAUGUCAAUUCUUCACAUUUUUUUCACAAGAUUGUGCUACAUUCUACACGUCCAAUUCUUUGUGAAAACAGUAAUGAAUUACAAUGACAAUCUCAUCACAAGUUAGACAUCAAAAGAGAAUGGUUUUAGUUUGUACUUGUGCUAUUUUUGUUUUUUUUUAUAUAUGUACAAGGUAAUGCAUUAUCAGUCUUUUUUAUUUUAACAUGGUCCAAGUUUUUCGAAACAAAACAAAUUCAUUGCGACUAAAGUCCCAGUUAAAUGUGCCAAUGACAGAUUUGUAAAAGCAAGUUCUUUCUUCAUUCAUUGUAAUUGAAUGUGGGAUCGGUUUUGAAAGUUCUGCUUACUAGUUAAUCUUUUUACUGGAAAAAUAUAUAUUGCAUGUUUACACGAAUGCUAUUUUACCUUUUUACAAUAUUUAUAACAAAAGAUGUUAUUUUAAUGGUCUGGAUCCGAAGUGAAGGAAGAUUUGUAGUUUUGGACUGGCAUGUACAAUGUAUGUGACCAUCUUGAACAUGGUAUCAAGCUAUUACUGUUCUUUUCUGUCACUUGGAACUGGAGUAAGACAAAAGUCGGGUACUUCAUCUGAGGAGCUUUUAUCAAAAUCAGGUUAUUCAAUGUUUAAGGUCAAAGUUGGUGUGAUAUUCUUGAGUGAAAUUUACCAACUCAACAUGAACCAGAACCAGAAAUCUCAUGUAUUUUGGCAUCGUCUGUGCUGUCAGAAGGUGAUGAGGCCCAAGACAAUAGUGUACUGCAAUAUAAGGGUGCCUAGUCAAUGUAGCUCCUGGAGGUACAUGUAUUGUUCCAGGGGCAAAACCGAAGGAACUCAUUUAUCAACUUUGAAUAUUGAGGGAGCAAAAAGUUGCAUAAUAAAUCAAUCCAGUAGGCCACACCCACUGCGCAUGUGGGCAACAAAUGUGCGCCUCUCAAUGCCACACUGCAUGCAUGUUCCAGGCACGCACAUCAUAUGCAAAGUUUUGUGCACACAUAUCGGACUGUAAUCAUGGCUGGGAUUGGUCGAAACACAAUGGACAGAACUUGAUAGAUUGGUCUAUUGUUUGGUAAUUAUGACUGCUGGUCCAAGAUAUUGUUCACUGCAAACGACUAGCACACGUGAUGUACAAUACUCGACUCAUUUGUGCAUUCAUUUUGUACCUCGUGUGUGACAUCUCAAUGUACGUGCUGGUACAUAGCAAAAAUAUUGAUUAGCACAUGAUGAUGAAGUGAAUAGAUAGAAUUAGGCUCCUGCUAAAACAUUUAUGAGGCAUAGUAAAUGAUAUUGAAGAACAUUGGCACUGAAUAACAAUCCAGGUAGGUAGAGUGGUGUUGGCAAGAGCCAGGAAGUUGGAAAAAACCUGCUGAACCACAUACAUGUAUAUAGAAAAUGACUAAAUUGAUGUCUGAACAUAGUGGAGUUGUCACAUCUCUUAUAUGUGGCUGUGAAGAUAAGUACAUAAAGUCUUUCAACGGCAACCACAAUUAGAAGCCAUUGAGGUUGCACAAAGCUCACAUUUACAUCAAUUGCAUGCACUUUGCUGCUCUGUUGAUCCAAAGUGCGAUUACCGCUAGUUAAAAUGCAAGCACACCUAAUCUUGUUCCUUGAAUUCGGUAUUUCAACUGCGCUUUUGCACAAUGAUAUGGGUCAUAGGUCAUUCAUAAUAAAAUGUUUCGAAGGUGCAUGAACGCCAGCGCAUGACGCUUGCAUGUAAAUUACCAGCAGAAUGGGUGUGCACGUUAACAUCGCGUAAUCCCAAAUGACCCUAUAACUCGGUCCUAAUUUGCCUAACAAAAAAAAUCCCAUCUUAAGAAUAAGAAACUUCCCCAUAAUGCGGUGCCGGCUGCCCACCCACUGCAGAAAGUGCAACUUAUGUGUGAAAGUGGUACCGUCUCCUGGUUGUCAGUACCAACUGAAUGUGUCUAUGGCUGGCGGCAGUGAUUUCUUGUAUAAUUUUUAGAAUAAUUUAUAUACAUGUAGUCGGGAAUAAAGGGAGGGGCUUUGACCUCAGUCAUAUAAAAAGAAAUAAAGCUGUUUAGAUGACUGACACAAGGUAGCAGAUUUGUGGACUGUUUGGAAGUAAACAUGACAUCCAUAUAUAUUUUAACUGACAAAAAAGUAAGGAAGAAAACAUUUUUUACAACACAAACUUGCAUUAGGUUUGUGUUGUCAAGAAAAAUGCAUUACACAUACGCAUGUAAUGGACCAAUCAGGGAUUAGGGGCAACUGCUGGCUGGCCAUCUGUUUGAUUUAUGGGAAUUACUUGCUAGUCAUAGUUUGUAUUAGUUUUGUUUGAACGAUUGCCAUGAUUGUUUGACACGUCACUGUUGGUUUUGUCACAAGUGUAACGGUCAAAGUACUUGUGGUUUGAAAGAAAUAUAACGUUCUUUCUGCCUUGAAUGGUGCUGAUAGUUUUAGCAACCUUUAUUGUCAUUGUUAGGGACUUCAAUAUGAACAGCACUAUGAAUGUUUUAUUUUUAUUCCAAUUAAAAAAAUGGUUUUAAAUAGCAUACUGAAGUACUAAUAACAACCUUAUAGAGAGCUAUUUAAGCUUUUUAAGUAAUGCUAUAUUACUUGCAUCAAUAUAUACCUUCCAGGGUCAAGAUUAGUGGAAAACAAAAAAUUACACAAGAUAUUAAAAGCAGAGGGUCUAUGGUAUAUGUUUGUAUUUGCCUAAAGGCACCCUUAAACUACCCACUUCUUUUAUUCAAGAUAAACUUUUUAUGGAAACCUCUGCAAAUCCAGAUUUCAAAAAGGAUUCUUUAAAAAGUCUCAAAUUGGAGAAAAAUCCUGACAAAAAUUCCUGAACCUGGAAAACUCCUGACAAAUCUCACCCCUGACCUUCAUGUGAUUCAGAACAGUAGGUUAUCACAGAUUGAAUCAUUUGUUUCGUGAGGAACUUGAUAUUAGAUUACAGAUCAUGUAUUCUUUCAGUACAGGCUUUGAUGUGUAUACAUGGACACUAUCACAGCGAAUCUUGCUAGCUUUGCUUAAUUAUCAAAGGGAGGUUGUAACAAAAAGAAAAUAUAAAAACGGAAACAAACCAUAACAAAAUUCAUCUUUAUAAAAUAGCUUUCUGUGUAACUGUGUGAUACAGUGUGAGUCCGAGUUUUAAGUGAAUGAGUUUUAAUAAAAUAACAUAGGAAUAAAGUACAUGUUAUUGACUAAUGACUCUGAAAAUGUCACGUAGUUUGCGUCGUCCUGACGACAGGCAGAGUAUACUGCCCGUAACGUUGAGUUUACCCUAGUUUUUUUCAGAACCUCACAAAUGAGAUUUGUUACAUGGUGCGACUGUAAACUUUAUCUUAUUGUAAUAAAACAGCCAAGGGUUUUAUGAGUUUACUGCUUUACACUAAGUUUUAGUUAACGUUUGCAUUAAAAUGUUACCAGCAAGCAUUAAAAAAAUAUGUUUGAAGUAUUUACAUUGCCGUUAACCAAAGCACAAUAUUGUGGAGAAUAGAAACUACUUCUUAAUCUUAGUGAAUGGCAAAUGACUAGUUAAAUUUUUCAAACAUUCAAGUUUAACUGCUGAACACUGACUGUUCUGUGAUUGUAAACUCCCAAUGACUCUACAAUUGUUUGAAGGUGUGGAUGUGAUCACUAAAGGUGACUGUAUAAAUGGAUUUCUGCUGGUUUGUGGUGUGGACGAGUGGAUAGUGUCAUAUGCAAGAGCAAUGCAAAUGAGAUUUAUGUUUUAUUUAUGUGCAUGUGUCAAAUUGUAUGAAGAAUGACUAAAUUUAUUAUUCUGCACUUGAUUGUAUCUAUUACAUUAAUUAUCUUCCAAAUGCAAUUAAAAGUUGUGUCUGUGACAAAUUU